AUGAAUGAUUUACAUUUUGCAACAACCCUCUUUAACGACGAACAGAGAGAAAUAGAUGCAAUGGCCCUUAAAUCCGACCUAGAAGAAAUUGGUGUCGUUGAUGGUAAUCAAAAUAUUAACAAUGUUCUGAAAGAAGUAUUAAUUAUUAAAAAUCAAUUGAGAUUCUAA